ACUCAUAGUUGUAUUCUUGUGAAGUAAUAAGUCACAUGGAGAGAAUGAAAGAGCAAGGACGAGAUCAACCAAGUAUGGAGGAUAAACUUGGAAGGCAUGUUUUUGCGGAAGGUGUAGCUGCUUGGCUUUUCAAUCGAUUAGUUGAAUCACCAAUUACAGUGGGUAUUUCUGGUGAAUGGGGUAUGGGAAAGUCCAGUCUGAUGAUUCAGAUUGAAAAGAUUUUACUCAUUACAGCAGCCCAGCUAACGUUUCCGAAUCUUCUUCCAUCGGAGCAAUUUGGUGGAGCUAAAAAGAUCUCUCUUAGUACAAGAGGCAGACAGAUAUAUGAACAGAUUAAAAAGGGGUUUCACAAUUUACUGUCAACAGAUAUAUCAAAGGUAUAUGCUACAUUUAGUAGUACAAAAUAUUUAGAUAAGAUAUUUCAAUACUUCAAUACUUAA